AUGUCUGCUCUGUCUGUGGUGACUGCAUCCACAAGGCUAACUAGCAGGGUUUCUCAAGGGCUCUAUGUCUCUGCUAGCCCCACACAAGAUGUGUUACAGAGACCCUUGUGUCUUGCUACUCUCGAGAACGUCACUUAAUUGUCCCCCACCUUUCCAUCCUCCUCUCCCUCUCUCGUUACCUGAGAGACCGGGGAGAAAAUAUUAUGCUGCGUCCUGCUGCGAUUCGAGAACUCUCUGUCCUUUUGGAAGGGUUCCCGCCCUGGCCCCAUUCCUCUGCUCUCCCUCAGUACUUACUCAGCAGAUGGGCCUGAGCCCCAGCUUGGAGCUCUGAGCUGGGACUGGGCCUGAGCUUGGAGCUCUGAAUUGGGGCUGUCUCUGUGGAGGCCUCUUCAGGCCCCUGGGGAUGCUUGUCUGUAACAAAGAGAGGACUCUGGGGUUUACUUAAGGCUGACCUUGUGGCAAUGCUUUGCCAAUGUCAAACGCUGUGUAAACAUAGAAAAACACUAUGUAAACACAAAAACACCUAUCCCUCUGGAACACUUGAUACUGUCAAACAAAAGCAUACGACAGGAUCACAUCACAUCCAGUUAAUAUCCUUGGAAUCGGUCUGGCGAACAUAUCAUGGUUGAGAUCUGUCGUAGCUGUUUUUAAAGUGUUGGUUCUGCAAGUGAAAAAUUUACCAUGCACUAGCCUUUUAGUCAGAAUCUACAACUGCAUCAGUCACGUGUUCUUUUGGUUGCCCAGAGUAGUAGCUAUAAUCUAUCUACACACCCACCUGAGAAACCAAGUAGCUGCAUCUAGCUAGCUGUGUGUGAAGUAUCUUUAUGGUGAUGUCAUGGAUUAGCUUAGCAUCACAAUAUACCUGCCAAUAGGGUAACUACCAGCAAAUGAUUAAAACCAGGCCUCUGAUGGUAUUGUGGCAUUGUGGGUGUGCGUCUGUGUGUGCGCAUAUCCAUGUGAAUGCCAUGUUUGUGAGAGUGUGAGUGCCUAUUGAUUUUCAUAGGCUACAUGUACGUAUAGUGCAUGAGUGUUUGUACAGUAUUUCUAUGUCUGUGUAUUUUGUGAAUAUGUGUGCUUAUGUGUGUUUGUUAGUGUGCUUCUCAGUAUGCAGUGUAUUUACAUAGGUGUGUGUGCUCUUCACAUCCCCCUCUCCUUUGCUCCUCCUCUUUCUCCUCUCACUCAUACCUUCCUCUCCUCCUUUCUCCUUUCUCUCUCCUCUCCAUUUCUGCUCCUACCCCACACUGAUGUCUCUUCUUCCUUUUCUCUCCCUGUGUGUCAGUGAAGCCAAGGGAGAGGAGAGAGAUCUAGCCUGCUUUCUGCUGGCUCUGCAUUAUGAGAGGAGGAGAGGGAGGCAGAGAAAAAGAAAGAGAGAGGGAGAGAGAGCGGGAGAGAGAGAGACAGAGGGAUAGAGCGCUGGCAUCAGUUAAGCAUAGAGACCGUGCCAAGAGGAGGAAUGCAGCACUGCAUUAUAAAAGCCAAAGGAUAGGUCCAGCUAUCUCUGAGAAAGAUAUAGGAGAGAGAGAUACAGCAAGAUUUACAGGAUGAAAUAUGUUGUAUUCUGGGUUAUUAUGUAUUUCCCUGCAAGGUAUAGCAGAUAGCAACACCAGUUAUUAUCAUUUAGCAGGGUAUUUAGAAUAAAGGACCAAUUUGAUCCAGGCUUCUCUUCUUGAAAAAAAACAUUGCACUAACAGGUCUCUACUACACUUAUGGUUAUGAAGGUCUACUACGUGUGUACAGUACAGGACUGUAUGUCAUUUUCACUGCACAAUUUCCUCUGGCUCAAUACGGCUGACUGACAUUCAGUGGCCCUUGAUACUAGAGAUGAGGAGGAAACGUCUGAUAUGAACGCUUGUCAUAGGAAACACCUCCUGUUCCUCUCAGUCAGAGCAUGGGAGGAGACUGUGCAUUGCAGAAUCUAUUUCAGGAGACCUGGAGUGGAGCCACUGAGAAAGCCUCAUCCACACACACACAAACACACACACACACAAACACAAGGAAAAGCUUUGAUCUCUCUCUCCACAUCUAUCUCCUCAUACGGCUCACAUCAUGCACAAAGCCCAAGAUUUAGAAGAAGAAACCCUCAAAUCAAUGCAGGGAACUGUUGUGUUUAGACAGACAGACCAGGGGUGUAUUAUGGCUUUCCAUGCAUGAUUAUUCUAGGUUUUGUUAUACACCUGCCUCUGUGCGAGUUAAAGCCAUUCAAGGCACCAGCCUUUUGGCAAUGCCAGGGCUAAUGUGGCCUUGCUCAUGAGUUAAUAUGGAUUCGGGGACAAAGUUCAUAAAUGAACCACACACUUUAUAUAGAGUUUGAACAAAAGAUUAUGGGAAAUUUGAGGUUGUCUUGGUGUUGUCUUAACAGGUGUUUUUGACCAGAAACAACAUCGGUGGUCAAUCAAAGGGUGUUUGUCUUCUCUUUUCCUAAACAACCUUUUAGUUAGGGGUCAUGACCUUUAAACAGAGACAGUGCUGUGGUUUUCUGUGGUGACUUCAAAAGAUGAUGCUUUGGAUCUCUGGGACCCCUAGCCUUUUAUUGAGGCGCUGUAGACUUGUGUGCAGACACAGGAUGAUUUUCAUGGAAUUAAUGUGAAAUCAGCCUGAUUGCAAAAAUUGCCCUAGCUUUGUGCAACCAAGCAUCUUUAAAUGGCCAUGAUAAACAUUAGUAUGAUAUGACGGACGGUCAAGCCACUUACCCAUAAGCAGAAGUAGAGAGACAUGAAACAUUGUCUAUGCUUCAAUCUGCUGCAGUCAUCCUGCACAUUUCACACUAUGCUUUGUUAGUAAGAACUGGUCUUAUUAGGCUUGGGUUUAAUCAUUAGAUAUUUUCUGGCAUUAUACACAAAAUAGUAAUAUUGUACGGAGCCUAUAUUUGAGAGAUUUUCAGCAUAUUGUACUAAAUGAGGAAACGAUCAGCACAGCCAGUGAGUAACAUCCCUCCAGUGGCGGCUCCUGAAAAAAUUCUCAGGAGGGGCAAUUUUUCUGAUGAUUUAGGUGACCUACACACAUUUAAAAAAAUAUAUGUCCAGCAACAACAUGAAGACAGGGGCAGCAUAUAAGUCAAUACCAGAAGCAUUUAUUGACUGAUCUCAAAAGUGUUGGCUUACCAGGGUUGGUGGAGCCCUCAGUUUCAUCUUUGCCUCGCAAAGCUAACUCAAACACUCCGCAAAACUUCACACACUGGAUUAGCCGGCUGAGGAUGUGGCGGUUCUUGCUAAUGUCGUAGUAAAUAUAUUUGUUAUAGUGAAUAUGGAAUAUGAUAUGUUGAGUAAAAUGUUGUGCUAAGAUCUAUUUAGGUCAGGAGCUGGUGAUAAGUUCUGUUCCUAUCCAAUAACAAUGGACAAAAGGGUCCUAUCUUGUCAGCCUUGUCAGCAGGUGGCCAAGGACAACACCCACGCCAUAGGCCUCUCAGUUCUUCCAACUCACGAGUUCUUGCUCUGAGGACACACACACACACAAACACACACACACACACAUCAUCACUGUUAAACACACACACACACACACACACAUCAUCACUGUUAAACACACACACACACACACACACACACACACAAAAAUCCCCUCUCUUAGGCUGAACAUUUGAAGACAGAGAACCCGACUCAGAGCCAAUGCAACAGUGACAGUAGCCUGCAGGGGACCUCGCCCAACUCAUCAGGACCAAUCAGAAGAUCAGAACUACUAGAUUGAACCUACUUCAUUUAUUGCAUAAAAUGUCUGCACACAAUGUUUCGGGGCUCUCUUCAGAUAAUAAUAAUAAUAAUAAUAAUAAUAAUAAUAUGCCAUUUAGCAGACGCUUUUAUCCAAAGCGACUUACAGUCAUGCGUGCAUACAUUUUUGUGUAUGGGUGGUCCCGGGGAUUGAACCCACUACCUUGGCGUUACAAGCACCAUGCUCUACCAGCAGAGCUACAGAAAGUGGAUACUCAUGGAUGCGCAUUGCAAUUGUAAAAUGUCAACACAAUUGGAGACACCACGUCAUUUUUGGAGACAUGUUAUUGACAGUAAACUAUUGUAGAUGCGACUGCUAACUAACUAAAACAUUUUAGCUGGCUAGCUAAUCAUCUUAGCUAAAUGUGGGGCAAACAAUUCAGUUAUUUACCGUUAAUUUGAGGGAUUGGGGUGAAAGAAAUCGAGUUACAUAGUGAUACUUUACGAUAUACUGUAUUGACAAUAUCGCAAUAUUUUAGCGCUAGUUGGCUGUACCUGCACCAAAACACCAUUAUUGUUCCUUCAUAGCUUGUUCUCAAUCUUUUCACAUUGGGAGCCAAUUUGUUUUCAGCACUUUUAUUUCCAUGACUGAUCAAAACUCGUUCUCAUGGCUUUCUGAUCCCUCUGCAACAGACAUAUGGUGCGCAAUAAAAUCACAGUAUCGAAUCGCAAUACGUAUAGAAUCAUGAGACUCGCAAUGCUGAUGCAUAUAUCUUAUCGUGAGGUUCCUGGCAAUUCCCAGCCCAAGUUCAUUUGCCACAACAAAUCUCUUCGCUAGCAAACGCGAUGUCUUCUCCAAAACGGCAAUGUGUCUCCAGCAAUGUUUACUUUUUUGACGUUCUAUGGCAUCUCCACUUUCCAAGCAUAUAUGACCACAUGUAAUAUUUUGGUAAGUGAUGCAAAUAGUGAACUAUGUAGGGCCAGGAUGUAAAAUAUAUGUAGCUGCAGCAAUUUCUCUUAUCUGAUAUGGUAAGUAAUGGGGCUUAAUUUAUAGCUCCCUAAGAGUUUGACGAACGGGUCCGUGAACGCGAUUCCAGAUAUAUUUACCUCUGAAUAAACUGCCUUUAUUACACCAUAUCCACAUCCAGUAAAUUUGUGAUUAUCAACACUAACCUCAUCGUUGUGGCGGCGGACAGCUAGCCUGUAUCCCUCGUCAUCCAGUUGAGUGAGUGGCAAUGUCUUUUUUCGUUCGUACCAAUUUUUGGAAAAUCCUCGGGUGUAGGACUUUCCGCCUUUAGUAGAAACCUGUUGAAUUAUUAAAUUUGGUCUGGGAGGUCCUAAUUGUUUCGUUGCCAAUUUAUCUUCAUUUGUUCGCCGACAAAAAGGAACUUCUUUCAAACAAUCCACUCUUUUCUCAGUUACGUUCAUGGUUACGUAACGUAUGACGAAAGCGCGUAAGUGCAAGCCCACAGACACCCAUUGAGAUUGUAUUGAAGGCUCUGAAAUUUGAAAAAAAUAGAUUUUAUAUGGGAGUCUAUGACAGAAGUUCUGGGCGAUUUUCAAUCUGACUGAAAUCGCCCCAAAAGGGGGUGGAGCCAUUUGAAGCACGACUUUAGCCUGAUUCGACAUUUAGUGGCAGUGUGGCACUGUGGCAGAUCAGACGUAUAGAUUACAACACUGAUAACUACUGUUGCCGUGAUAUAAUUGAUUAGAAAAAAAAUCCCUUCCUUUUCCCGUUUGGCAGUGCGUCGCCCAUAUCGCCCUAUUGAACAGGCCGUCCCUGCAUCCCUCCAAGGGAAAGCUGACAUUAUACUAGUGUACAUGUUGGAGGGAAGCAUUACAUCUUUCAGUUGAGAAAUAUAACUGCUCAUUGCUUGAUUUAAUAUGUGAGGUUGAGUUUAUCACAGUACCAGCAGCAGAGCGGCUUUACUGUUACGACAAAGGUAUAUGAUAAAAACAGCAUGUCACCUGAACUACCUCAGCUUAUAUUUAACUAUACAAAAAGUGAAAUUAAUUGUUGGCCAUGUAAGGGACCGUACUAAUAAGCUAAACUAAGAAAAUAACUUUGGUAGGGUAGAUAUGACACCACUGUUCUCUCUCCUCUUCCCCUCUAUGUGCCUUCAGGAGGGUCAGGAGCUGAUCGAUGAGAAGCCGGAGCUGCGCUCGGUGGUGCAGCAGAAGCUGGAGGAGAUCAGGGAGUGCUGGACGGACCUGGAGAGCACCACCAAGGCCAAGGCCCGGGCUCUGUUUGAGAACAACAAGCCAGAGCCGGUGGUGAAGAGCUACUCAGACCUGGACCACCAGCUCUCUGGCCUGGAGAAACAGCCCCCCCAGCUGGAGCAGGCUCACCACCUGCCCACCUUCAACGAGCAGCUGCAUAAAUUUCAGGUGUCUAUUUACUGUUAUAGGUUGCUGUUCAUGAUUUCUGUUUGUUUCUAUGGCAGUUAUUUUGUGAUACAUUUCAACUCAUUUUCAAUUAAUUUAUGUAAUCUUUCCAAUCCAACUGUCUUUUAAUGCUAUAGAAGCCGUUGUUGUUGACUUUUAUAUGCCAAGUUCCCACCCACCAGCCACCAGGCUGGUUGUCGACAUGAAAAAAUGCACCGUAUGCUUUGUUCUUAAAGCCAUCCAACCCAUUACAUUGCAUAACAUUGAAACACAACACACACAAGAAAAUAGCUGAAAGUGCUGUUCAAGCCCAUGUGCUGUGUGUUUGGGCAUCAGACUCUCAUCAUCUAUCCCUAACGUGACCUCCUCCUUCCCUCUGGCUGGCCUCCCUCAGUCUCAGAUGGGGAACUUGUACAAGGACGUAGGGGAACUAGGGUCCCUCCAGAGGGUGUGCCUCCCCCAGCGAGGCAGCCUGGUGAAGGGUGGAGAGGGAGAAGGGGGCGAGCAGCCGGCCGUGGUGGAGACCCGCAUCGUGCGCCUCAUCGAGCCCCUGAAGGAGAGACGUCGCAUCCUGCUGGCCUCCAAGGAGAUGCAUCAGGUCGCCCAGGACCUGGAGGAAGAGAUAGUGAGUGACUGACACACUUCAUUACUCCCUGGUGCCUCCAGCCUUUCUUUCCCUAUAUUGAUUGAUUGAUUGAAUUUAUUAGACCAUUUUAAAAAAUAUAUACAUAAGGGCGCUCCAGCCGGUGACGCCUCCACAUACAACAUUUUCUAUCCCUCUCUCCGUGGCAUACCUUCAUCUCUCCAUCUAUUCUGUUAUUUUCUAUCCUAUAGCCUCAUAAGGUCUCUAAUAUGCUUUUCUAAAUAGUUAUUAUGUUAUAUGGUCAAAGGUUUAUGAUGUCUCCCAUCCUUUAUCAAUUAAACCAUCAGGGUCUCCUCUCAAUGAGAUAGGUAUGUACAGACUGUCACUGACCACAAUUUGCUGAUGUUAUAGCUGUGGAUCCAGGAGCGGCUUCCUCUGGCCUCCUCUAAGGAUUACGGCAACAACCUGCAGAGUGUUCAGCAGCAUGUCAAGAUCAACCAGGUGAGAGACAGAUUACCUCUAUAUGAGCACACAACACUAUCUCUUCACAACACAGCAUCAACUCAAUGACUAUCCCUGCUCAUCUCAAAUCUAACUACAGUCCCCACACAACACUAAACCAUGGUUGUGUUCAGUAGGACACACCCCCACAAAUUUUUUAUAAAGUAAAACUAAAAUGUGAGCUCUUAUUGGACAAAUUAUGAAAGUGCCUCACUCUGUUUCGAGGUGUUUUUUCCCAGCUAAACGUGACCCCUGGUUCUUAUUGUUCCGUUAGACACUGCAGAGGGAUCUGCAGGGGCGCCAAGCGCGGGUGGAGGAGGUGUUGGACCGGGCGGGGAUCAUCGCCUCUCUGCGGACCCCUGAGGUGGACUUUGUGCGUGAGGGGGCAGGGCAUGUACGUCAGCUUUGGGAGGUGCUGAGGCUAGAGGCGGAGAGGAGGUCUGUGAUGCUGGAUGUGGUGCUGCAGGCCCAGCAGUACUACAGCGAGGCGGCCAAGGUCGAGUCCUGGCUGGCAGGCCAGAAACUGCACCUCAUCAACGAGGAGAAGGGCACGGUACGUAUGGGUGGCAUGGUAUCACGAGAUUGAACUGGCAGGGUGGGUAUGAGACUGGCCCAUUGGUUAGUAGUGCACAGUGCUCCCGGAGGACUUUUACCAUGAUUUGCCUAAUGUGCCUGUUCUUUUACAAAAAAUGUACAUGUCUGGUUGAUGGUUUGUUUGCAAAAUGUACGCUUCUGUGAACAAGAAUUUGGUCCCUAAUAUGAGGCCACUGUUGUGUAGGACGAGGAGAGCACCCUGCAGCUGCUGAAGGAGCACCUGGCCUUGGAGGCGACGGUGGAGAACUACGCUGAGACAGUGGGCAUGCUCUCCCAGCAGUGUCAGCGACAGCUGGAGCUGGGGCACCCAGACAGGCACGGGCAGACACCCUGACAGUCACACCCAAGCUCAAACUACAUCUAAACACAUGCUUCAAUGAUACUUCAACUCAUACCCACAAACAACAUCUAAUUCACUGGUGGAAUUUUACAAUAACCAUACCGAAAAUAAAAUUGGCUCAGUUUGUAUAGGCUACUAAAUUUCAGUGAAUGAUCCGUUAUUUUACUGUCUACUGUGUCAAUAUCCCUCUCAAUAUCCCCCCUCUCUCUCUUUGACAGUGAGGGGAUCACCAAGCAGCAGUCCCACAUAGACCGUCUGUAUGUGUCUCUGAAGGACAUGGUGGAGCACAGGAAGACCAAACUGGAGCAGCAGUACUGGAUGUACCAGCUCAACAGAGAGGUGGAGGAGUUAGAGAAGUGGAUCACUGAGCGGGAGGUCGUUGCCAGCUCCACUGAGCUGGGUCAAGACCUGGAGCAUGUCACGGUCAGUCUGUCAAUCAAUCAAUCAGGCAAUGAACCAAUCAAUCAAUCAAUCAAUCAAUUGAUGAUGGAUGGUCACAAUCAGUCCCUGGCGAAUGACAUUGUCAUGUGUUUAUUCAAUAAACAUACUUUUUGUAAGUAUUUGAGUGUUUCAGCAAAGUGUACCAUUAAAAACACAAUUGAAUGACACAAAACAAAAUGCAAUAAAAAUAACAAAUGAAAUGGACAUGCAAAAUACGAUACAUGACCUCUAUAACUCUGGUCCCAAGCUAAUUCUGGUCUCUCUCUCUCACAGAUGCUACAGGAAAAAUUCACCAAAUUCUGCUCAGAGACCAACAGCAUAGGCCAGCAGAGGAUGGAGCAGGUGAAUAAGAUGGUGAAUGAGAUGAUAGACUGUGGCCACACAGACGCGGCCACCAUAGCUGAGUGGAAGGACGGACUGAACGAGUCAUGGGCCGACCUAUUGGAGCUCAUGGAGACCCGAAGACAGAUGCUGACAGCAUCACACCAGCUGCACAAGUUCUUCACUGACUGCAAAGAGGUACAGCUCAGUGAUUCCCCAAGUUUAUUUUCUAGGCUGGGCACAAAUGCCCCCAAAUCAACAUCAAGAGCCUCUUUAACAAAAUGUUUCAACUGAAACCGAUUGAAGCCAAAACAAAUUAGGCAGAGGGAAACAUAGCUAGGCAGGGAGACCUGACCUGCCUGUACAAUGGUGGGAGAAACACUAGUAUGGCUCGGCUGGAUUUAUAUUAGAUUACAGCAAACAUCAUAAUGGUGGAGGUGCUGGUAGACAGUGUAGACACUGUAGAUUUGCUAAUAUCCCGGGUGUGAGGUUCUAUUUGUGAGGGUCUUAUGAUGAUGAUGCUGUAUGUCCUGUGCUGUGAUGUAGGUCUUGGCUCAGACUGCGGGGAAGAUGAGACAGCUGCCAGAGGUAAGGGCGUGCCAAGCCAGCAUCGCCAACCCUGCCACCCUGCAGAGGCUCAUGCUCUCCUUCGAGCACGCCCUCCAGCUGCUCGUCUCACAGGUAUUGGUAUUUGAUUAAGAUCCCAAUUAGCUGUUGCAAUAGCAGCAGCUACUCUUCCUGGGGUCCACAGGUGAGUGUAGUCGAGGUGAUUUGGUGAAAUGCCCCCCUCUGACAUUAGAGGACCAUCAAUGCACUCUGGCGUCCUCUAACACCCAUCACUCAAAUAAGUAAUUCUCCUGGAGGGCAUGAGGACGUUAAAGAUGUUAACCCCAAGAUACACAGUGCAGUAAAUAGAAUACCAAUAUGGACACAUUUACAGAAAGAUAUUGUGUAUGUACCAUAUGACUGGAGUCAUACUUUUGCCUCAACCCUAGCUAGCACACCUGAUUAACCUGGUUGUAUUCUAAACUUAAGACCAACCAUGAUUAGUUGAUGAUUUGAGAUGACAUGUCCUGUGUUGUAUUCCAGGUAAGGCAGCUGCAGGAGAAUGCAGCCCAGCUGAGGACCAUCUAUGCCGGGGAGAAGGCUGAGGCCAUCAUGAGCAAAGAGCAGGAAGUGAUGUCAGCAUGGAAGGAGCUGCUGGUUUCCUGUGAGGCCAGUCGCGUGCAGGUCACCUCGGUGACAGACAAGGUGCAGUUCUUCUCGGUGGUGCGUGAGCAACUCAUGUGGAUGGAAGGCAUCAUGGGACAGAUUGGAGGGGACGACCCAAGGUAAGUAAUGGAAGGUCUCCUUACCUGAACUAAAUGCUAAUUGUCAGCCAUUUUGAUAAUCUCAUACCUCUUGACACUUGACUUGAUAAAUAGGCUCUGCUUAGUUUACGGAUAAAAAAGGAAAUGUAUCUGUAAUGUAUAUACUGAACAAAAAUAUAAACGAAACAUACAACAAUUUCAACGAGUUACAGUUCCUAUAAGGAAAUCAGUCAAUUGAAAGAAAUUCAGUAGGCCCUAAUCUAUGGAUUUCACAUGACUGGGCAGGGGCGCAGCCAUGGGUGGGCCUAGGAGGGCAUAGGCCCACCCACUGGGGAGCCAGGCCCAGCCAAUCAGAAUGAGUUUUCCUCACAAAAUAGCUUUAUUACAGACAGAAAUACUCCUCAGCUGUCCGGGUGGCUGGUCACAGACCAUCCCGCAGGUGAAGAAGCCAGAUGUGGAGAUCCUGGGCUGGCGUGGUUACACGUGGUCUGCAUUUGUGAGGCUAGUUGGACGUACUGCCAAAUUCUCUAAAAUGACGUUGGAGACAGCUUAUGGUAGAGAAAUGAACAUUCAAUUAUCUGGCAACAGCUCUGAUGGACAUUCCUGCAGUCAGCAUGCCAAUUGCACACUCCCUCAAAAUUUGAGACAACUGUGGCAUUGUGUUGUGUGACAAAACUGCACAUUUUAGAGUGGCUUUUUAUUGUCCCAAGCACAAGGUGCACCUGUGUAAUGAUCAUGCUGUUUAAUCCGUUUCUUGAUAUGCUACACCUGUCAAAUGGAUGAAUUAUCUUGGCGAAAUGCUCACUAACAGGGAUGUAAACAAAUUUGUGCACAAAAUUUGAGAGAAAUAAGAUUUUUGUGCGUAUGGAAAAUGUCUGGGAUUUUUUUAUUUCAGCUCAUGAAACAUGGGACCAACACUUUACAUGUUGCGUUUAUAUUUUUGUUCAGUAUAUACAGUUGAAGUCGGAAGUUUACAUACACUUAGCUUGGAGUCAUUAAAACUUGUUUUUCAACCACUCCACAAAUUUCUUGUUAAGAAAUUAUAGUUUUGGCAAGUCAGUUAGGACAUCUACUUUGUGCAUGACACAAGUAAUUUUUCCAACAACUGUUUAGACAGAUUAUUUCACUUAUAAUUCACUGUAUCACAAUUCCAGUGGGUCAAAGUUUACAUACACUAGGUUGACUGUGCCUUUAAACAGCUUGGAAAAUUCCAGAGAAUGAUGUCAUGGUUUUAGAAGCUUCUGAUUGACAUCAUUUGAGUCAAUUGGAGGUGUUCCUGUGGAUGUAUUUCAAGGCCUAACUUCAAACUCAGUGCCUCUUUGCUUGACAUCAUGGGAAAAUCAAAAGAAAUCAGCCAAGUAGACCUCCACAAGUCUGGUUCAUCCUUGGGAGCAAUUUCCAAACACCUGAAGGUACCACGUUCAUCUGUACAAACAAUAGUACGCAAGUAUAAACACCAUGGGACCACGUAGCCGUCAUACCGCUCAGGAAGGAGACGCAUUCUGUCUCCUAGAGAUUAACGUACUUUGUUGCGAAAAGUGCAAAUCAAUCACAAAACAACAGCAAAGGACCUUGUGAAGAUGCUGGAGGAAACAGGUACAAAAGUAUCUAUAUCCACAGUAAAACGAGUCCUAUAUCGACAUAACCCGAAAGGCCGCUCAGCAAGGAAGAAGCCACUGCUCCAAAACCUCCAUAAAAAAGCCAGACUACGGUUUGCAACUGCACAUGGGGACAAAGAUCUUACUUUUUGGAGAAAUGUCCUCUGGUCUGAUGAAACAAAAAUAGAACUGUUUGGCCAUAAUGACCAUCGUUAUGUUUGGAGGAAAAAGGGGGUGCUUGCAAGCCGAAGAACACCAUCCCAACAGAGAAGCACGGGGGUGGCAGCAUCAUGCUGUGGGGGUGCUUUGCUGCAGGAGGGACUGGUGCACUUCACAAAAUAGAUUGUGGAAAAUUGAAAAUUAUGUGGAUAUAUUGAAGCAACAUCUCAAGACAUCUGUCAGGAAGUUAAAGCUUGGCCGCAAAUGGGUCUUCCAAUUGGACUAUGACCCCAAGCAUACUUCCAAAGUUGUGGCAAAAUGGCUUACGGACAACAAAGUCAAGGUAUUGGAGUGGCCAUCACAAAGCCCUGACCUCAAUCCUAUAGACAAUUUGUGGGCAGAACUGAAAAUGCGUGUGCGAGCAAGGAGGCCUACAAACCUGACUCAGUUACACCAGCACUGUCAGGAGGAAUGGGCCAAAAUUCACCCAACUUAUUGUGGGAAGCUUGUGGAAGGCUACCUGAAACGUUUGACCCAAGUUAAACAACUUAAAGGCAAUGCUACCAAAUAAUAAUUGAGUGUAUGUAAACUUCUGACCCACUGGGAAUGUGAUGAAAGAAAUAAAAGCUGAAAUAAAUAAUUAUCUCUACUAUUAUUCUGACAUUUCACAUUCUUAAAAUAAAGUGGUGAUCCUAACUGACCUAAGACAGGGAAUUUUUACUAGGAAUAAAUGUCAGGAAUUGUGAAAAACAGAGUUUAAAUGUAUUUGGCUAAGGUGUAUGUAAACUUCCGACUUCAACUGUAUGUUAUCUUCAAUUUUAGUAACCAUUUCAGGCACCCCUAUUUGAGCUAAUUCCUUCUUGCCUUGCACAUACUGUAGAUAGUCCCGUUCAUGUUAUGUAAUAAAGCUGUACUUACUGCCUAGUUUAAAAAUAAAACGCUUAGUCACCUUGACCUAAUUUCUUUUAACAUCUGCCAUUCAGUUUAAUUUGGUUGUGGGAAAUGAGGGAAAUAGAUUUUGUUUUUGUUCACAGUAUUUAAGUAGUCCUGAUGUAUCUUUUAGGAUACAUAACUCACUUACCCUACUUUCUUUAGCUGCUUUGUCAGAACCCACUAGUCAAGCACCUGGCUAACAUUAUACACAUACCCUUUUCACACUAGCAGAGCCGAGCCGACCUGCACUUCGCUGGCCUGGUUACAGUAUGUAUCUACAGUAUAGUUGCUAGAACCAUGCUGGAAAGGACAAUAUAGGGAAAAUGGUAAUAGUUCCCUCUCUUCACUCUUCUUUUCUGACAUUUGUAUUUUGUGCUUACCUCCUGUCUGACGCUGUCCUAUGGGGUGGCUUCUGCCAGGGACUCGUCUUCUGCGGAGGUGAUGAUGAAACAGCAUGGUGAGCUGAAAGCCAAGAUGGAUGGCCGUAGGAAGACCAUACAGCAAUGUGCGGAGCUGGGAAAGAUUCUGCUGGCCGCAGGCAACCCAGCCUCCGAGGAGGUCAGCAUCACAUACAACCUCACUUACAACCUCACCUACAGUGCCUUCGGAAAAUAUUCAGACCCCUUUACUUUUUCCACAUUUUGUUACGUUACAGCCGUAUUCUAAAAUGGAUUAAAUAAAAACAAUUCAUUAGCAAUCUACACACAAUACCCCAUAAUGACAAAGCAAAAACAGGUUUUUAGAAAUUUUGCAAAUUGUUAAAAAUAAAAAACAGAAAUACCUUAUUUACAUAGGUAUUCAAACCCUCUGCUAUGAGACUCGAAAUUGAGCUCAGGUGCAUCCUGUUUCCAUUGAUCAUCCUUGAGAUGUUUCUACAACUUGAUUGGAGUCCACCUGUGAUAUAUUCAAUUGAUUGUACAUGAUUUGGAAAGGCACACAUCUGUCUAUAUAAGGUCCCACAGUUGACAUUGCAUGUCAGAGCAAAAACCAAGCCAUGAGGUCGAAGGAAUUGUCCGUAGAGCUCCGAGACAGGAUUGUGUCAAGGCACAGAUCUGGGGAAGGGUACCAAAACAUUUCUGCAGCAUUGAAGGUCCCCAAGAACACAAUGGCCUUCAUCAUUCUUAAAUGGAAGAAGUUUAGAACCACCAAGACUCUUCCUAGAGCUGGCCGCCUGGCCAAACUGAGCAAUUGGGGGAGAAAGGCGUUGGUCAAGAAGGUGACCAAGAACCCGAUGGUCACUCUGACAGAGCUCCAGAGUUCCUCUGUGGAGAUGGGAGAAUCUUCCAGAAGGACAACCAUUUCUGCAGCACUCCACCAAUCAGGCCUUUAUGGUAGAGUGGCCAGACGGAAGCCACUCCUCAGUAAAAGGCACAUGACAGCCCGCUUGACGUUUGCCAAUAGGCACCUAAAAACUCUCAGACCAUGAGAAACAAGAUUCUCUGGUCUGAUGAAACCAUGAUUGAACUCUUUGGCUGAAUGCCAAGCGUCACGUCUGGAGGAAACCUUGCACCAUCCCUACGGUGAAGCAUGGUGAUGGCUGUGGGGAUGUUCUUCAGCGGCAGGGACUGGGAGACUAGUCAGGAUAGAGGGAAAGAUGAACGGAGCAAAGUACAGAGAAAUCCUUGAUGAAAACCUGCUCCAGAGCACUCAGGACCUCAUCCUGGGGUGAAGGUUCACCUUCCAACAGGACAAUGACCCGAUCGAACAUCUCUGGAGAGACCUGGAAAUAGCUGUGCAGCGACCCUCCCCAUCCAACCUGACAGAGCUUGAGAGGAUCUGCAGAGAAGAAUGGGAGAAACUCCCCAAAUACAGGUGUGCCAAGCUUGUAGCGUCAUACCCAAGAAGAUUUGAAGCUGUAAUCGCUGUCAAAGGUGCUUCAACAAAGUACUUAGUAAAGGGUCUGAACACUUAUGUAAAUGUGAUAUUUCAUUUUUCUAUUUGUAAUAAAUUUGCAAGAAUUUCAAAACAACUGUUUUUUCUUUGUCAUUAUGGGGUAUUGCGUGUAGAUUGAUGAGGGGGGGGGAAAAACAAUUUAAUCAAUUUUAGAAUAAGGCUGUAACGUAACAAAAUGUGGAAAAAGUCAAGGGGUCUGAAUACUUUCCGAAUGCGCUGUAAUUAAACAGCAAAACCACAUUACGCUGAAUCUGUAUGCAGCAAAAUCACACAUCACAUCACACUGUAUGCAGCAAAAUCACACAUCACAUUACACUGUAUUCAGCAAAACCACACUACACAUCACACUGUAUGCAGCAAAACCACACUUCACAUCACACUAUAUGCAUCAAAACCACACCACUCACUGUACCCACCCAGUACAAAAUGUUCUGAGAACCAUGUUUCUUAGAGCUUGGUGAGAGCGUGGUUGUCCUAUGUUUUUUUGUUGUUGCAUACAACCGUCCCACAAGUUUCUGGGAAUGAUGCAGGAUAGUUGCUUUGGAACAUUCUCAGCACAUUUAAGGAACUUGACAAAAAAAAAACUUUAUUUUCUUGGUAUUUCAUUAUUUUAACAGAAUGGUUCCUCAAAGUUCAAACAUUUAAUUUACAUUUUGGUAAUGAAACGUUCUCCAACUGGUUUGACAUUGGGAAUGUUCUCAAAUAGUUUAUUUUGUGGGAAUUUCAGUGCUUCAGCAUGACGUUUCCUACCGGUUUCCUCAUGAUUCUAUUUAAAGUAAUGUUCUCAAAUUGUUCCGAGAACGUUAAAACUUUCCAUAAAAACCACAAGAACAUUUUAGUAAUGUUCAGACAACGUUCCAAGAAUGUUAUUUAAAAACAUAUCCAUUCUGUUCUCAGCAUCAACAAAACUCUCUCUAUCCUCUCGAACUUGUUAAAGCUGUAAUAUGUCACUUUUUGGGUGAUCCGACCAUAGAAAUGUGAGUUAAAAUCUGUCAUUCUCAUUGAAAGCAAGUCUAAGAAGUGGUAAAUCUGUUCUAUGUGUGCUAUUUCUAUGCUUCCUGUUCUUAAGUUUCGUUUUUGCAUCUUUUACUUUCGGCCUUGUACACCAGCUUCAAACAGCUAAAAAUACAAUAUUUCUUGUUAUGGAAAAUAUAUUUCACAGCGGUUUAGAUGGUACAAUUAUUCUCUACACUACCCUUGCUUGUUUUGUCACAUAAACUGAAAUUAGGCAAACUAUUACAAUUUCUGCAUAGUGCAUCUUUAAGUGUGUUGGCCGCACCCAAUAAUUGUCCACACCUGAUCUUAAUGAGUACUUGUUUCCUUUGAAAUGGGGUCUGUUUGAAUAGACUAAAAUGAACAGCUUUGUAUGUGUAAAAAAACCCAUUGCAUGCUAGCUCCAUCCUUGUGGCGCAGUGGACUAAUUCCAUGGAUAGAGAACAGAAGAUUAUAGGUUUGAAUCUCAAUGAUGCUGUGCCUCCCGAGUGGCACAGUGGUCUAAGGCACUGCAUCGCAGUGCUAGCUGUGCCAUUAGAGAUCCUGGUUCGAAUCCAGGCUCUGUCGUAGCCGGCCGCGCCCGGGAGACCCAUGGGGCGGCGCACAAUUGGUCCAGGGUAGGGGAGGGAAUAGCCGGCAGGGAUGUAGCUCAGUUGGUAGAGCAUGGCGUUUGUAAUGCCAGGGUUGUGGGCUCGAUUCCCACGGGGGGCCAGUAUGAAAUUUAAAAUAAUAAUGUAUGCACUCACUAACUCGCUCUGGAUAAGAGUGUCUGCUAAAUGACUAAAAUGUAAAAAAGAAAUGUUUUCAUGAUUAAUGCCUAAGUAAAUGGAUUUCCAUGUGUCUUAUCUGUGUUAACCCCCAAUAAGCUAGCAGUCUUAUUGAAACAUUCAGGGAAAGUUUUAAGGAAGUUAUUAAAAACCCUCAGAAUAACGUUCUCAAAGCGUUAAUAAAACCUCCCAGUAAAACUUUCAAGGAAACAGAGUAAAACAUUUUCAGAACCUCCCUGCAACCUAAACAUAAAUGUUUAGUUUAAAAAGUGUUCUGUUUUACCGGUCUGGAAACUUCUGGCUUCGUUCCCACAACUAAUAUGAAACCAAAAACAUACGUUCCCACAUCUUCCAAGGAACCAAAUGUGCUAGCUGGGUAUGCAGCAAAACCACACUUCACAUCACACUGUAUGCAGAAAAACCACAAUUAAUUCAAACAUGCUGCAAAACUAAAUGAAUAUCUAAAAAGAACAAUGAAUAUUGUGUAGGUUUGUCUUCAAUGGAGGUGUAUCACUUAAACCUCACAUGAUGACGAAUAAAAUUCCCUGUCAAAUGUUUUAAUAUAUUGUUGUUGCAUUCCAUUUGUUUUGAUCUUGAAUGCUCCCUAACCGUCUCUCUCCUUCUCUUGCCACAGAUAAAGGAGAAGUUGGAUGCGCUCCUGGCUAAGCAGAAGGAUCUCUCUGAGAGAUGGGACAAACAGCAGGAGAAGCUACAGCGCAGUAAGUGACUCACUACACUGGCAGGCACCGUGGAGGGAGCACAAACAGCUUUCAGGCAGCACUGAACAUUUUUUUUUAUAUGGAACAAUGGAAGGGCUUGUGCUCGAGAGUACUGGUUUUAGAUUGUGCCUCAACACAGGCAUCUUCACACUGCACAGUUUUUGUGAACAACACGACUUUCACUAUUAAUAUUUAUGUUUGUGUGUUGGCUUCAACAAUCGUUUCAUACUAAAAUAAAUAGUUAUAUAUAGUAUCAAAUAAGGGUUAUUUGGCUUGAUACCAUAGCGGACCCUUUUUGGUGCUAUUCAGAACCCUUUUUUGAAGUUUCUAUAAAGAACCAUGCUCAUAAGGUCAUUUCCUACGGUUCUACAAAGAACCAUUACAUUCACCUGCCGCUAACUCUGCAAAUAGCACUACUGGGUGAUUUAAAAAGUAAUAGUCAAUCGAUUAAUAAUAUAAUAAUACUCUUAGCAAAAAUGUUUAUCUUUAAUUUACAAUAUGUAGAAUCUAUGAGAAUAGAAAGGUUCAGAACUUUUGUGAAACGUCACAGCACAGUUGAAAAAGAUAUGGCAAAUAGAAAUCAAAACUGGAUGGUGUUCAGAGAUAGAUGGGAGGGGUUGAGUGGAGCUGAAUGAUGGGCCUAAAAACAAACAAAAGUUAACUAUUGUAAACUAUACUGUGUCCGUAAAAUGUACAUAGUAUGUAUAAGCUGGAAGUAGAAGCCUAAGAGUUGUUGUCCAUUAGUUUACUCCAAUUAGGGGAGGGAUGGUAGGGUUAGGGGAAAAUAAUAAAGGAAAAUAUAUUUAAAAAUAAAUACAUAUUUUAUAUAUAUUUAAAAAAAAUUAAUGGGGGAUUGGAAAUGAUGCAGACAAUUACAUUGAUGGAAGCCACAAUCUAUCUGCUAUAUUAAAGCUGAUCUACCCCCCAACAAAAAUAAACAAAUAAAAUAAAAAAUUGAAAAUGGUUCUGCUAUGGUUACAACCCUUUUUGGUGCUAUAUAAACACGUUUUUAAUGGUUAUUUUAUAGAACCUUUAUGGAGAAUUGUUCUAUAAAUAACUUUUCUCAAUCUCAAACGUUCUACAAAUAACCUUUUGAAGAACCAUACAGUUUCUUAAAAUUCCAUAGGUGUUAUUAUUGUGUUAAUUCACAAGUUCAAUCAGGUUUGCUAGCUGUAAAACAGCUGGGGGUCCCUAAGUAGAUAAUUGGGAACCACUGAUUUAGUCACAAGACACCAUAACUGUCCAUAGUCAUAUUUACCAUUGUAAUGACGUAACACAACACAUUAGAUCCACUGGAAUGACACUCUCACUCACAGUUGCACAAAAAGAGCUUAGCGCAAACUACGCCCCAAAAUAUUAAAAUGAGCCACCGCCCCUACAUUUGAAUUUCCCUAAAAUAACAAUUUUCUAAACUGCAAAGAACCAUUGAAAGGCUCAAAGGAUUCUUUGAGUCAUUAUGUUCAACAUAGAACCAUUCAUCCUUAACAAAGAACCCUUGAAGAAACAUAUUUUCUAAGUGUGUAGAUAACACUUUACAAAACAGUACAGCCAUCAAAUACAUCUGAUACAACAUCAACACAAGACCUAGCCAGAGUUGAGAUAACCACGUGAAACUCAGACUUUUAUGUAAAUCAUUCAUUUAUGUCAAUGGAAGACCAAUUCACGCCCAUGCAGGAUAAAUGUAUACAGUAUAUGAGGUUCGGUGAAUGUUCAAAGACUGUAAUAAGGACUUUCGAAUUAAGCAUGCCUAUCUCUUCUUCUUUCCUUCAGAGAAGGAUCAGUUCCAGUAUGCCCAGGAGACAGUGAAGGCGGAGGCCUGGCUGAAGGCCAAGGAGCCCCUGAUUAGCUCCAGCUCCACCUCCAGGGAGGCUGGGAGGUCUGGAGGAGAUGCCCAGGCCCAGACUGAUGAGGUGGAGCAACUCAUUCUCCGCCACGAGGCCUUCCGCAAUGCUGCAGCCACCUGGAAAGAGCGCUUCAGCUCACUGAGACAGCUCUCCAACGUAAGCCUUUCUUUAGAUAGAUACAGACAGUCUACUGGCUGGCUCGUAAUUGUUGGCACUGUCUGGUGACAAAGAAGAUUUACUGAAGUGUUACUUAAGUAUUUACUUAUGUCUGUUGUCUAACAUACCCAUUAGGAUUUUGUUAUUUUUCUUAGCUCAAAGGGUUUAAUUAGACAUUUGAUUCAAUAAUUUAUAAGACAAGUCUUUGUGCAGUAAACUUGCUAGUUGUUUUACUGUUACAUUUGAGGUUACAGUUCACUUCAAUCUCUCCUCUCAGGCAGAAAAGCUGAGAGAAGAACAGAGCAGCAAGCCUUCCCCAACGCCACUCUCCAGUCGGAGGAUGUUCCCAUCAUCCUGUCUCACUCCGACUGUUCCCCUUGCUACCUCAACUCUGCUGAGACAGACGGUCCAGGUGCAUAUCGAGCCCAGGCCCAAGCAGACCAGUCUGGAGAUGUCUGCCUCCUCUGCAGCCCAAAGGUUGGGUUCUACCAUAGCCAGCUACACUCCUGUCAUAAAUGGCUCUGGUUACCAUGGACUGGACCAUCAGAGCAGCAGCGGAGGAUUGGAGAGUUCCAACUACCCUGGACUGAACCAUCCAGGCGGUGGAGGAGUGGACAGCAGCUCCAGUUACCUUGGAGGGAACCAUCAGACUGGCCCCCCGCCAGUGGAUAGUUCUGGCUACCUUGGACUGAACCAUCAAAGCAGUGGGGGUAUGUGUAGUCCAGGCUACCUACCUCAAAAUCAAAGUAGUGGGGGUAUGUGUAGUCCAGGCUACCUGCCGCAAAAUCUAAGUAGUGGGGGUAUGGGUAGUCCAGGCUACCUGCCGCAAAAUGUAAGUAGUGGGGGUAUGGGUAGUCCAGGCUACCUACCGCAAAAUCAAAGUAGUGGUGGUAUGGGUAGCUCAGGCUACCUUGCACAAAAUCAUAACAGUGGUGGUAUGGGUAGCUCAGGCUACCUUGCGCAAAAUCAAAGUAGUGGGGGUAUGGGAAGUACUGGCUACCUUGCACAACACCAAGGUAGUGGGGGUAUGGGUAGUUCAGGCUACCUUGCGCAAAUCCAAGGUAGUGGAGGUAUGGGUAGUUCAGGCUACCUGGCUCAAAGUGGUGGGGGUAUGGGUAGUUCUAGCUAUCUGCCUCAAAGCGGUGGGGUCAUGGACCCCAAAAUGGCGUAUGCGUGGCAGCAUCUGAAAGCCGACUGCAUGCAGCCCAGGAUCAACCACAUGCACAAGGCUGUCAACCCCCUCCUGGAGGCCAGCAGGGCGCAGAGGGAACAGUUUGGGGACAUCCCCAUGGUGGACAUGAUCGGGCCAGAGUCUGGCCUGGAUCUGCUCCACGGCAGGCUCCAGAGGGACCCCCGCGGCAGCCGCUCUGACCCCCAGAUGGACCACCUGCGGCGAGAGAGGGAGUACAAGCUGGGUCGGCAGACCUCCAGCGAACAGGAGAUUCAGGCGCGGCUCAACGAGCUGCCAAUGAUUGUGCGCCAGGAGCGCUAUAGGCGACGCCUGGAGAGGCAGUCGUCUAGCGAGCAGGAGGGCAGUGGGAAGGCGAGGACACCGAGGCAGGAUGACUCCAGCGACAUGGAGUCAGCCAAGGAAGGCUCCGACAAACGCUCAACGUGAGUCCAGGACUGCCUGGUCAUAACCUCAGCAGUGCUUCACUGUGCUGUUUGUUUGUGGCAACUCAUUUAACAAGCUCAUUACAAAAAAGUUAUUAUAAUUUGUCUGGUCAGCACUGUCCACUGUGAUCCAAAACCAUUGAUUUGGAAGGUACAGUAGAGUAUUGAUUAUAUUCCCUGUUUGGGUGACUCAUGGCAGAAACUGUGUCAUUGCAGAGAGAAGAGAGCCACCACCAUGGCUGAGAUUGUGGAGCAGGCCCAGGAGAGAGAGUUAGCACAAGUAAGUUAUUUCGUAUUUUGAUAAAUAGGGCCCUUUUAUAUUUUGUUUUUGUAAAGUGAAGAUACAGUUUGUUAGGCCACACAGGCCUGCUUUUUGGAUUUCUGAAUGACACAACUUUCUCCUGUCUGUUCCAGGCACGAGGGGAGACGUACCGCCCCACCAGCAGCCUCUCAGCACCCGUGACCUACGAGCGCCCGCGCGCCCGAGACCGCCCCAAACCCCGCAGGAGACCCCGCCCCAAAGAGCCUGAGGAGAAGCGGCGCUCUCGCUCGGCUCCGGCCCAGAGUCCGGCACAACUUCUGCCGCCCUCACACACUGCCCAUAACGAAGGCUUCCUGUACCGCAAACACGACUUUGAGGGCCACCAGAAGAGUCCCAGCAGGUGGGCGUCUACCGACUCACAGUCACACACACCACACAGACAAGAGUUAAAAGGUUAAUGUAGCUAGAUCACUAAAGAACAUGUGUAUAUACAGUACUCUAUUGACACACUAUGAGUUCACUUUGGAAGAAAGUAGAAACAUGCAUAAGCUGUUGCCCAAUAAGCUGUUCUUGUUCUUGUUUUGCAGUAAGUCCUGGGUGAACUUGUAUUGCGUGUUGUCCAAGGGAGAGAUCACUUUCUACAAGGACGCCAAGAGCACUACCACACCUUACAAUGAAGAAACCCCACUCGACCUGAGCGUCUGUAUAUGUGAUAGCACCAUAGGAUACAAGAAGAAGAAAAAUGUCUUCGUUAUCAAGUAUGGCUUGAUGAAGAGGAUAUUUUUUUACUCCACCUUACUCCUUGUUUUAGCAUACAAUACUUUUCUUCACCUUAAAAUGUUUGAGUGACCAGAGGAUAGACUCUUGGUACUUCCAGUAACAAUGUCUCUCUCCUUUCUUCUCCAACAGGAAAAAUGAUGGCAAUGACUAUAUUUUCCAUGCAAAGGAUGAGGUAAGAAUGCCUGUGAUGAAAAUGAAUAUGUUUCAUCUAAUGUCUUAACAUCAAUGUUUUACUCCCAUUAGAGAGCUAGAAAGGCCACCCCUCUGAGCAGAGUUCCUCUCUAGGUUUCUUCCUACAGUAGGUUCCUUCCUUCUAGGGAGUUUUUCCUGGCAACUGUGCUUUCGCUUCUGCUUUGCUUGUUCUUUGGGGUCUAGGCCAGGUAGCUGUAAAGCACUUUGUGACAACUGCUGAUGUAAAAAGGGCUUCAUGAAAUACAUUUGAUUGAAGAAAUUACUGGUCCUGCUUCUUGGUUUUGUGGAAACCCUAACAAUCCCAUGUCUCUGGGUGCACUUUUGCAGGAGGACCUGAAGGCUUGGGUCACUAACAUCACCACCAGUAUAACUGAACACGAGGAGAUCGCCAAGUGGGACAAGCCCACCACCUCGUCCACAGAUCCUGACCGCUCGGAGAGGAAGGAGAAGUCAGAGGGCGACGCAGACGCCAGGUCAGAGAGGUCUGAGAUGGGAGGAGAGGUGGAGGAGGAGGAGAGGUCAGAGAAAGAGAGGUCUGACAAGGGAGAGGGGUCCGAGAAGACGGGAGAGUGCUCCGAGAAGGUAGACACGUCGGAGAGGGGUGAGAGGCCAGAGGGAGGGGCAGGGGGCUCCAGCACGUCAGGGAAGAGCAAAUGA